AUGGCAAGGCUGUUAGGUCUUUUAGGUUUUCUAUCAGUGAUCACUGCAGUGUUUGCUGAAACUAAUUAUUGUAAUGCAACACUAAGCUGUCCUCAAGAAUAUCCAUGCUGCUCAUCGGGUGUAUGUGGUACAGGUGUAUACUGUAUCAAUGCAUGUAAUCCAAUGUUUUCAUAUAGUUUUGAUGCAUGCAUGCCUUUACCGGUAUGUAAAAACUCCACUACUACAUUUAGUAAUUACACUUCAAAGGUAGUGGAUGCAAACACUUUCUUAGGGGAUGUCUCAGAAGGUGACUGGGCUUAUACUGGUUACAUUCUUGAUUAUGAAGAUGAAGACAGUAUGAUUUUAGCUAUGCCAAAAAAUUCCGGUGGUACUGUUUUAUCCUCUACAAGAUCUGUUUGGUACGGUAAAGUCAGUGCACGUUUGAAAACAUCUCAUUUGGCUGGUGUUAUUACCGCUUUUAUCAUCUAUUCUGGUGUUGCUGAUGAAAUUGAUUGUGAAUUUGUCGGUGUUGAUUUGGAGACAGAACAAACUAAUUUCUUCUGGCAAGCUACAUUGAAUUAUACAAAUUCUGUUAAUGCAACUAUUUCAAGCGACUCUUUUGAUAAUUUCCACACUUAUACUAUCGAUUGGCAAGAAGAAUACAUUGAAUGGUCUAUUGAUGGUGUUGUCAGUAGAACUCUAUAUAAGAAUGAGACUUAUAACGCUACCUCUGGUGUUUACCAAUAUCCACAAACACCAUCAAAGAUUGAUAUUUCUAUCUGGCCAGGUGGUAAUGCUACCAAUUCUAUAGGUACUAUCGAGUGGGCUGGUGGUGAAAUUGAUUGGAAUGCUACUGAUAUUACUACUUAUCCUGGAUAUUAUUACAUGAUUCUCGAUGAAGUUAAUAUCACCUGUUACGGCCCACCAAGUGGUACCUCAAUCAAUGGUACCUCUGCGUACGUGUAUACUAGUAACUCUAGUUUCUUGCAAAAGGAUAUUGCUAUUACUGAUGCUGAGACCUCACUAGGCUCCUCCGAGGGUACUGGUCUUGAUCCAGAUGCUGGUGUUUCUUCAUCUUCAUCCGCAUCCUCAUCCUCUACUUUAUCAAGUUCGAGUUCCUCAUCAUCUGCAUCCAGUAAAAAAUCUAGCAGUAGUAAUUCUAGUACCAAUACUGAAGCUGCUACCAGCACUUCUGGUUCAAAAUCAAAGUCUGCAGCAAGUUCUGCAUCAGGCUCAUCAUCAAGUGCUAACUUAGGUUCUACACUAGGUCUAGGUAACAUAUAUGUUAUCUUCAGCAUCAUUUUCGGUUAUUUAUUAUAA